AAUUCGUGUAAACAAGGAACAAUAUGUCAUUAAAAACAAAUUACAAAUUACCAGAUGUUCCAUUACCACUUUCAUUACUUAUAAUUGCUGCAUUAUCUCUGUGUUUUGCUAACAGUUACAAUGGUGAAUUUGUAUUUGAUGACUCAGAAGCCAUUGUACAUAAUGAAGAUGUACAAACUACUCCUUUGAUGGACGUAUUCAAAAAUGAUUUUUGGGGUACAAGACUGAUACAUAAGCGAAGUCAUAAAUCAUAUAGACCACUUACAAUUUUAUCUUUUAGAUUACAUUUUUGGCUUCGUGGAAGUUUGAUAGCUCAGGACUAUCACAUAGUGAAUAUAAUACUGCAUAUCAUUGUUUCUAUGUUAAUGUUAUCAGUAUUUAAUAUACUUUUAGGCUCAAAAGAAAGAAACACUGCAUUUUAUGCUACUGCAUUAUUUGCUGUUCAUCCAGUGCAUACAGAAGCUGUUUCAAGUAUCGUAGGCAGAGCAGAAUUAUUAUGCGCUUUAUUUAUGUGGAUAUCUAUUAUACUUUAUUACUACUCGAUCUAUGCAAGAAGAUUAUUGUAUAGAUGGUUCAGUAUGUGUGGUUGUAUUAUAUCUAUUGGAACAUCGAUGUUGUGCAAAGAAAUAGGAAUUACUGCAGUGGGAAUUUGUUGUAUAUAUGAUAUUAUAAUAGUCAACAAGUUGUUUCCAUUUAAUAUAGUUUGGUUUAUAACAUCAAAAUCUUCAUACGAGCAAGUAAAGAAUUUUAUUAAGCAAAGACAAAAAUUAUUAAUCAGACUCUUUAUACUUUUUGCAUCUAGCUUAACACUCAUAAUUUCAAGAUUUAGUAUAAUGGGGUUUAAAACUCCAAUUUUUCAAUCUGUGGAUAAUCCAGCAUCAUUUAUGGACAGUAUAUUUUUACGAAUAUUAAAUUACAAUUAUAUUUAUUGUUUAAAUAUGUGGCUAUUAAUAUGUCCAGAAUGGCUAUGCUUUGAUUGGUCAAUGGGAUGUAUACCUUUAAUUCAUUCUAGCGAUAAAAGAAUACUCUAUGUUCUCUUAUUUUGGCUAAUAUUUGGUGCACUGUUUAUAUAUACUUUUAAUUCUAAUCAAGACAAAUUUUUAAGAUAUUCAAUUAUGGGACUGACACUGCUUGUUAUUCCAUUUCUUCCAGCCAGCAAUAUUUUUUUUAAUGUUGGUUUCGUUUUAGCAGAGAGAACACUAUAUAUUCCCUCUGCUGGUUACUGUCUUUUAUUUAUUACAGGAUUACAAAAGCUUUGUAAUCGUGUUCGUGUGCAAUAUUUGUUGCUGGCAUAUGUAGCUUUAAUUUCGUUAUUUUUUAUGAAAUCAUGGAUGAGAAGUGACCAGUGGAGAACUGAAACUACGCUAUUUCGAUCAGCAUUAGACGUUUGUCCAUUAAAUGCAAAAGUACACUAUAAUAUUGCAAAAAAUGCAGCUGAUGCAGGAAACUUCAUGUUAGCUCAAUAUGAAUACGAGGAAGCUUUAAGAUUGAAUCCCACCUAUGCUCAAGCUAUGAACAAUCUUGGAAAUUUACUUAAAAACCAAGGAAAGUAUUUGGAAGCAGAAACCUUGUUUAAGCGCGCUAUUGAGUUGCAGGAAGACUUUGCCACAGCAUGGAUGAACUUAGGGAUUGUUUUGUCAACACUAAAGAGAUACGAAGAAUCAGAAAAAAGUUAUUUAACUGCUUUGUCUCACAGGAGCAAAUAUCCUGAUUGUUUUUAUAAUUUGGGUGUGUUGUACUUGGAACAAAAAGAUUACAACAAAGCAUUGAUAGCUUGGGAAUCUGCUACUAGACAAAGAAGUACACAUAGAAGAGCAUGGACUAAUAUGAUAUUACUUCUUGAUGAUUUAGGUACACGUGAAGAUGCACUUAAAAUAGCAAAUCAAGCUUUACAAUAUUUACCAGAUGAUGCCUCUAUUCACUUCAACAUUGCAAAUAUAUUGGGGAAAAUAGGGAAUUUUGUAGAGGCAGAAAUAUAUUUUAAAAAUGCAAUCGCCAAGAAUCCUAAAGAUGCUAUGUUUUAUACGAAUUUGGGUGUAUUAUAUCAUAGAUGGAACAAAUUUCAGGAAGCAGAAAAUAUGUACAAAAAAGCAUUAGAAGUUAAACCAGAACUAAAUAGUGCAAAGGAGAAUUUGAGAAAGUUAUAUUCUUUGAGAUCUCCAAUAAAAUAA